GAAAACAGAUACUGUUGAAAAUGAAUCGGAGUGCCUGAGCAGAACAAGGAUAUAAUUAGAAAGCAAAGCAUUUUCUGGCAGCCAUGGUGCAAAACCAACACGUCUUCCUCAGCAUAUGUCUUCCACUGCUUCUUACAGCAUCAUGCAUGGGUCAAACACUGCAGUUCCCAAACCAAAUCAUCAUAGGAGGGGUGCUGGGUACCCAAGAAUCCAUGGAUUUGUUUCACCAAUGUAUAGAAGAAGCCAACCAACCUGGGGUUCUCCCAGGCAAUAUCACAGUAAAAGGAGCAGCCAUGCUGAUGGAUGAAAACCCAAUCAGAGCUGCACGAGAUAUUUGUCUUAAGAUGAUAUAUCAGCAGGUGUAUGUGGUGUUGGUCAGCCAUCCACACCCUAAUGCCAAGUCCCCGCUGUCUGUCUCAUACACUUGUAAAUUCUAUAACAUCCCUGUCAUUGGAGUUGGAGGAAACUUGAGAGAUAGUAUUUUCUCAGAAAAGAGCGUCCAUGCCACUUUCCUGAGGACGGUGACCUCAAUCUCCCACCAGGCCGACCUGUGGCUAGAACUACUUAAGUUCUAUAAGUGGAAGAAAACUGUUUUCAUCACUGAGCUCACUCAGGAAGGCAGGAACAUUCUCAGCAGAUUUCAGAACCAGGCCAAAAGUACAAUAGAGCUUGAAAAGACUAUUUUGUUAAAACCUGGACUAAGAAGCUAUUCAGACGAUUUAUUAGAGCUGGAAAAGGCAAGAGCCAGAGUGGUGUUGAUGUUUGUUUCCCAAAGUGUUGCUGAGGUGGUGUACAGGGAUGCUGUACACUUGAAUCUGACUGGCCCAGGAUUUGUGUGGAUUGUCACAGAACAGGCUUUGACUGUCCAGAAUAUACCCCAAGGUAUUUUAGGUUUCCAGUUGCGUUUUGGCAUGAAUGAGUCUCUUCACAUCAAGGAUGCUAUGCAUGUUGUGGUGAAGGCCAUCAAUACUAUGUACAAUAAAGUGAACCUCACUGAGGCCCCUAAUCGGUGUAUAAGCCAUACUGAAGAUGAAGUAGGAUCUUGGGAUAGUGGCCAAGUCAUGUUUAAUGCCCUAAAGGAAGUUGAGUUUGCUGAUGGGAAGACAGGAAAGGUAAAAUUUGAUGAGGUUGGAGAUCGUGACAGUCCUGUGUAUGACUUGGUCAAUGUACAAGAAGGCAAGCUAGUCACAGUGGGCACUUAUGAAGGCAAGAUGCAGACCAAAAAGCUGAAUGUUAGAGGUCCAAUUCUCUGGCCAGGUGGACAAAUGACCACACCUCUGGGAGAGAAUAUUGAGACACAUUUGAAGGUGGUGACCAUUGAAGAGGUCCCUUUUGUAUUCUCACGGGUCAUCCAACCAGGAGAACAGUGCAAGACCAUGCCAAGCCUGGAAGAUGGAAUAAGAGAAAUCUACUGUCCACAUAUUAAUGUUACAACUGGUGUGAAGACUCAUAAAUGUUGCAAGGGAUACUGUAUAGAUUUGCUAUUCAAGCUUGGUACCAAACUAAACUUCACUUACGAUGUCCAUCUUGUUGGAGAUGGCAAGUUUGGUGUUUUGGAAAAGAACAAUAGGACAGCCCAAGAGUGGAAUGGAAUGAUGGGUGAGCUUUUGAAGAAAAAGGCAGAUCUCAUUGUGGCUCCUUUAACUAUAACUCCUGACAGGUCUCUGGCUGUGAAGUUCUCAAAACCUUUCAAAUACCAGGGACUGACAGUUUUGAUGAAGAGGAUCAUUGUUCCGCUGACAUGGAAUGAUUUGCCAUUUUCAGGUGUGAAGACUCAUAAAUGUUGCAAGGGAUACUGUAUAGAUUUGCUAUUCAAGCUUGGUACCAAACUAAACUUCACUUACGAUGUCCAUCUUGUUGGAGAUGGCAAGUUUGGUGUUUUGGAAAAGAACAAUAGGACAGCCCAAGAGUGGAAUGGAAUGAUGGGUGAGCUUUUGAAGAAAAAGGCAGAUCUCAUUGUGGCUCCUUUAACUAUAACUCCUGACAGGUCUCUGGCUGUGAAGUUCUCAAAACCUUUCAAAUACCAGGGACUGACAGUUUUGAUGAAGAGGGGUCACAAAGACUCCAACCUAGGCUCCUUCCUCCAGCCUUUCCAACCACCUUUGUGGAUUCUAGUUCUGCUGUCAGUCCAUGUGGUGGCCUUGGUGCUGUAUCUGCUGGACAGAUUCAGUCCAUUUGGUCACUACAAGCUGGCAAAGUCCUCAGAUGAGUCAGAGGAGCACCCCCUUGACCUGUCUACAGCCAUAUGGUUUGCUUGGGGAGUGCUGUUAAGCAGUGGCAUAGGGGAAGGCACCCCUAGAAGUUUUAGUGCCAGGGUGGUAGGGAUGGUAUGGGCAGGUUUUGCUAUGAUUAUCAUUGCUUCUUAUACUGCUAACCUGGCUGCUUUCCUUGUGCUAGACAGACCACCCUCGGCAGUCUCUGGUAUAGAUGACAGACGGUUGAGAAACCCUACAGAUGAGUUCAUAUUUAAUACUGUCAAAGAUUCCUCUGUAGAGGACUACUUCAAGCGGCGUGUAGAACUGUCUACCAUGCACCGGACAAUGGGGGACAAUCCAAUACAAUACGAAACUCCUGAUGAAGCCAUUAAAGCAGUGAUAGAAGGGAAACAGUUAGAUGCCUUUAUUUGGGAAUCCACUCGUCUGGAGUAUGAAGCUGCCAGGCGUUGUGAUCUGGUCACAGCUGCGGAGAUGUUUGGCAAGGAGAGACUUGGAAUAGCAGUGCGCCAUGGAAGUCCUUAUGCUGAGGCCAUUAAUCUGCAGGUGCUGGGAUUUCAUGAAGAAGGUGACAUGGAAAGUUUAGAUGGCAAAUGGAUUCUGAAGAGUAACAUAAAAUGCAAUGAAAUCAAUUCAUCUCCUGCUACUCUUGGGCUGACUAACAUGGCAGGGGUGUUCAUGUUGGUAGCUGGAGGUAUACUGUCAGGAAUAUUCAUAGUAUUUGUAGAGAUCACCUACCACCGCCAUGUGUCAGCCAGGCAGAAGGAAAUGGAGCUGGCACGUCAUGCUGCAGCAAGAUGGAGGGGAAAUAUUGAGAAAAGGAAGACCUUACGGGCAAGCUGGGCAGUGCUGAGGAAAGACAAAGCAGAUGAUUUGGAUGAGAAGCGACGCAUGCAGCGCAGUAACCAGCUUGAGCAUGAGCAACUUCAGCAACUGCACAACGGAGCAGAUGGCAAACUUGUCAAUGGAAGAGGUGCCCUGCACCGUGGUAUAGAGGGCGCUGCACAAGCUGAACCAGUACCAUACCCAACAUACUCUGGUGGGGACUGGGAGCAAAGAGAGCCUGAAUACACAGUUGCUGGUGCUGACAACAGAGAUCACAGUGGUCAGAGAGUGGACAUUGUAUAAAGCAGAUGGUUGCCAACAAUUGGCCUCUGUGGAAAAGGAGAAUGGUAUGAUGAAAAGUUAACAUAAAACUUGCACAUGAAACUGGAAGUUUAUGGGAUGAUUAUGUAACAGUAUCAUAGUCUGUCUUUAAGUUGAGGUAUAAGAUGGAAUUAAUAUUUCUUCAGACAAUUUUCUUCUGUGUGUCUUUAUCUGAUAGAAAUGUAUACUUCCAGGAUCUUGUAUUUUCCUGUGUCUUCAUUGUAUUGUAUGGUUUCAUUAUUGUGCACGGUAUUUGAUAUUGCAGCAUGUUUUUCUUUUGGUAAGCUUUUUAUUAUGAAUUUUAGUGCAAGUUUGCCACAAGAAUUUACUCCCAUUUUACUUGUAAAUUACCGUGAAGCUCCCAUUUUGAACUUUUUGACAAGUUUGCCACAAGAAGUUACUCAUAUAUAUGAUAAUGAUAGAGUCAUGUUUAUUUGAAUGGAUAUUCAACCAUAAUCUGUGUAUAAAUGCUCAUAUAUAUAUAUAUAUAUAUAUAUAUAUAUGCACAUCCCCGAUACUGGGUAACAACAAUGGGUUGUCAUCUGAAAGUCUUUUAAAAUAUUCCUUCUUGUUGGAUUACAGUGGGGCUGCUUAUAUGUGAAAGGGGAUAGAUUUGUCUUGUUAUAACUAACAAUUCUGUGUUUCUAAACAUUGCUGUGUGUUUAAAACUUUUUAAUACUUAGCCGAAAUGACACUAAAACAGCGUUGAAAUCUGGGACACAGACAUACCAGUCU